AUGCAUCUUAAAACUACCUUUCUCGCACUGUGCUGGGCUGGGGUCCCAGUCCUUGCAGGACAAGGAGAUAGUCACAAUGCUGCUGAUAACUUGGACGAGUAUUGUUUCUAUUCCGUUUAUACAGCCCUUUCAGAAUAUACAUUUGCUGGGAGUACAAUCUUGGAGUCUUCCCAGGAUAGUGAUGGUGGAACUAGCGAUGGAGGCUCUGGUACCUCUGGUGAUGGGCAAACCUCUUCGAGCAAUCAGUCCUCUUCUAGCACGCAGUCAUCCACUGCAAGUGAACAUUCACAUAGUAAGAGGUCUCUGCGCCGCCGAGGACACCAGGGCAGCUCAGGAACCUCAACUGGGCCAUGCAAUAGCACCAUUGAAGUGACUUCGAUGUAUGCGAGUGCGAAAGCAUGGUGCAGUAAGGCCGAGCUCAAGGCUACUAUUCCAUACUGGCAGAGUCUCUGUGAACAAAAUAGCUUGACCCUCAUGGACUUGUCCGAGGUUGAAGCCAAUGUUACCGAUACGUAUCUUGCAUCUCUGCCUACUAUCGACCCGGAAACGAAUAGCACCUCAACGACUGGUACAAUUGAAUCGCCAGUUCUACUUAGUCACGCCUACUACAAGAGGGCUCACAAGUCAUACGUAACUCAUGAUUUUGCUUUGGACAAGGACAAACGGUUCGGCUGGGGUCUAAUGGGAUACUGGGGAGGCAUAUUGGUCCUAGGCAUGAUGGCCAAACUAAUGGGCUCAGUGUCUAGCCAACGGCGGGCGCCCAGCCGCCGAGAUCCAGAGUCCAACAUAGCCUUGCAAAACAUGCAUCAGAAACAAACUAAGCCUAAGGCUGGCGCGUCUACGUUGCAUUACCUGCGGACUUACUUCAUCGUCCCCGCUAGUUUCGCUCCAAUUUUGCCCCAUCACCAACAGCUUUAUUACUGGCACACCGUUCCCCGCCGCUUGGACCUCCUGAUUGUUUUGGGAUUUUGGGUCCUUUGCGUUAUUCUUGGCUGUGUUGAUUAUCAGAGCUUCUCUGGUAACAUUGAGAUGUCGAGUAUCUUCCAGCAGAACUGGCAAUACUCCUCCGACCGCACGGGCAUUUUGUCGUAUGCCUGUCUUCCCUUCCUGUGGCUAUUUGCUGGGCGCAACAAUAUUUUUCUUUGGGCGACAAACUUCAGCGUACAGUCGUUCAAUAUCUUUCAUCGUCAUGUAGCUUGGGCGUGCACCCUCCUCGCAAUCAUUCAUUCCAUCAAUUACAGCGUUGUGUUUGCAUACUAUGACGGUAGAUUCCAAAGUGUCUGGUUGCAAGAGUACUGGUAUAUGGGUGUAGUGGCCACUAUUCUCAUGUCUUUUAUGCUCGUUCAAUCGAUGACUAUGUUGAGACGUAUUGGCUAUGAGACAUUCCUCAUAAUCCAUAUUGUUUUCGCAAUUGUGGUGGUGUAUGCUUUGUUCCGUCAUACCAGCUUUGACGGCACCAAGUGGAAUGGCUAUUUGUGGCCAAUGGUGGCGAUCUGGGGCUUUGACCGAACUGUCCGCCUGGUCCGUAUAGCCUACUGCAAUCUCAAUGUCCGGUUUGGCAAACAAUUCGUGUCUACCACGAAGUCGGUGGUACAUUACUGCGAGGCUAGCGAUCUUAUCAAGGUCGAAUUAUACCCUGCAUCAACGACACUUACCCCACGACCCGGGCAGCAUUAUUAUAUCUAUCAACCUGUUUCUCUCAAGGGCUGGGAAAAUCACCCAUUUACUCUGGGCGCCUACGUAUUAGCUCAAGAAAAGAACUCUGAACAAGGGAGUAAGUUAAUCUUCUACAUCCGUCCGUACGAUGGAUGGACGAGGCGCCUUCGCGACCUUUGCCGCAAAGCCCAGGGGGACAUUCAUCUCCCCCUAUUACUCGAAGGCCCCUACGGAUCUACAGCCGCUCUCCACACAUGCGAGUCCAUUCUGAUGAUUGUCGGUGGUACCGGUAUCGCCGCCGCAGUGCCAUACAUCAUUGAACACAUCUCGCGUGCGAAAGAAGGCACGACCAGAACGGUACGGAUCCAACUAAUUUGGUCUGCUCGGAGCACAGAGAUGUACUCCCAGGUUCUCUGCGACGAGUUAAGCACCCUCCUGCAUCAUGAAGACAUCACCACGACCUACUUCUGCACCAACAAGUCGUCCUUCGGCCUCGAGAUGAAGACUGAAAGUGGUGAACUGCCUGGAGAGAGCCCAGUGAGUUCCACCUUGGGUGACAAGGAAGGAAAUGUGACUUCUUCUGUACGGAACGGAACCGUGCAAUUUCUCUCUGGUCGUCCUGAUGUGGGUGGUAUUAUCAAAGCAGAGGUGCAAGAAGCCAAAGUCAGUUCUGGCCGAUUGGCCGUGCUCACCUGUGGCCCGGCUCAGAUGGCGGAUGACUGUCGACAAACGGUGUAUGAGGUAAUGAAAGACGGCUUCCAAGACAUUGAGUACCAUGAAGAAGCAUUCGGGUGGUAA